AGAUGAGACCUGAAAAAUUUGAAGAGCUCCAUUCCCUGGUCGAAACACCACUCACAAGAGCUUACCUCACGCGGGAGCCGCUAUUAUCGCGGGCUAGACUUGCCAUGACACUCAGGUACUUAUCGUCUGGAAUGCAGAUACAGGACAUUGCUCUGGCCUUUAGAGUCGGAAUCUCGACAGCGGCGGGUGUCAUUCACUCCACCUGCAAGAUUCUCUGGACAGCUCUCCAACCCCUUUGUCUAAAGGUGCCAACUACUGAGAGAUGGCAGGAAGUUGCUGAGGGCUUCCAGAACAAGUGUAAUUUCCCCCACUGUCUUAUACUACAACUAUAA